AUGCCCAAAGUCCCACCCAUCAUCGAUUUCGAGGGGUUCCACUCUCCCGACCCCAGCCUCAGAUCCACCUUCCUCACUCAGAUCCGCCAAGCCUGUCAAGACCACGGCUUCUUUCAGAUCAUAAACCACGGCAUCCCGGACGGUAUCCAGGCGGAUAUCCUAUCUCAGGCGCGCGAUCUGUUUAGUCUACCGGUGGAGGUGAAGGAAAGGUAUAGCAUGGACACCGGCACCGACAACCGCGGCUACGAGCGUCUUCGCGCCCAGAACUUCGAGAAACGCGGCCUAGGCGAUCUCAAAGAGGGCUUCUACCUGGGCAAAGACCUCCCCGUGGAUCAUCCAUCCGUGCAAGCGGGGAACUUCUCGCAGGGUCCGAAUAGAUAUCCGGCUGAGAUACGGGAUGCGGAUGGAUUUAAACGCGUCGCGGAUGAGUACCAUGAGCGUAUGUCUGUGUUGGCGGGAGAGCUUAUGAGCGUGGUGGCGCUGACGUUGGGGAUGGAGGAGGCUUCGUUUGAGGGGUUUUGUGAGGAGCCGGUGGCGAUUUUGAGGUUGUUGAAGUAUCCGGCUCAAGAGGUGCCACUGGAGGGGAAAGGGGAGGGGCUUGAACGAGGUAUCGGCGCACACACUGAUUUCGGAGCCAUCACAAUCCUCCUGCAAGACGAUAAAGGAGGGCUACAGGUCUGGGACCGCGAGUCCUCCGAAUGGGCAGAUGUGGUGCCCGUGCCGGGAGCAUUGGUCGUCAACCUAGGGAAUAUGAUGAUGCGGUGGACGAACGAUCGCUACUUAUCGAAUCUGCACCGCGUGAUUAACCACAGCGGAGAAGACCGCUACAGCGUUCCGUUUUUCUUCUCAGGAAACCCGGACUACGUGGUAGAUUGUCUUCCGAAUUUUCAGGAUGAUGGACAAGAGGCCAAGUAUCCGCCAAUUACGGUGGCAGAGUGGAUGGGGGCCCGAUAUGCGGAUACGCACGGGAGUUCGAAGGAGAAGGGGAUGGGAGAGUUGUCGGGGGAGGCAGCGGCGGCUAUCGGUUGA